GUUUUUGAUUGACUUUUGUGCGGGCUAGUCGAGUUUUGUUUCUAGCAAUGGGUAAAAGCUGGUUCAAUGGCACAACCAUACUGGUGGGAUUUUGCAGUGCUGCCUAUAUCCUUUUUUUCACAAUUGCCAUACUAACUUUAGUCAUGUGUUGAGAAUAACUUGUAUUCCAUUAUCUCCAAUGCCAAACCCUAAUUUCGGAAUGUAUAAUUUUUUAAGUUGUGGUUGACAAGAUGAAGCAUAUGGUUGGCUCCUAUCCGCCGAAGAAGGAGAUUCAGUUCUAUUUGACGCCCGCCGAGGAGGCACCUUCAGGCACAUUCUCCCGCGGCACCUACUCGGUCAGUUCGGUCUUCACGGAUGACGACAAGCACAUACACCUGGAGUGGGACUGGACCUUUGAGAUCAAAAAGGACUGGGCCUAAUUGGCACACCGAACAGCACACAACAAACACACACGACACACAACUUACAACAUACAUCAUACGCUUUUUGUUUUCCCUCAAACAUGCCUUGUAAAUGAGUUUAGUUUUGUUCCAAAAGUGUAAGCGAAUUUUUCCAAAAGUGUAAUUGAUCGU